AUGAAAGACGACGUCGCUCAACAGGAAAAGAAAAGUGACGUUGGUAAGAAGGACGAAGAGAUGGAGGAUGCUGAGGAAGCAGCUGCUGGUGUCCAGGAAGUGAAAACGGAGGACAAGGGCAAGGGGGAUGAGGAGGAUGAGGAUCAGGUGGAAACGAUCGGAGACGGCGAUGAUACCGAGGAGCUCGCGGUGAUCGAGGCCGAGGAAGUGGAGGAGGGCGACGACGGCGAGCAAGCAGGCGACGACGACGAAAUGAACGACGUCGACGAGGAGGAGAUUGAGCCAGCGGAAGAGGACGACCCUCAUAAAGACGAGCCGCACUUCAACGAGCGCAAGGAGAUAGCGAGGAAGGAGAGGGAGCGGCUGAGGGAGAUGAAGCGGAACAAGAAGAGGGAACUGGAGGAGCUCAUCAAGAGGCAGAACGACGCCGUGCAGGCUGAAACGGCUGACAGCGCCAAAGGGAGGCUCAAGUUCCUGCUGCAGCAGACGGAGAUUUUCCAGCACUUUGCACAGCAGCACGACUCACCUGUGAAGCCCAAGGGCAAGGGCCGAGACAAGGGGCGGGGUCGAGGGAGCUCGAAGCUGACAGAGGAGGAGGAGGACGAGGAGUAUUUGAAGGAGGAGGAAGAGGCGCUGGGGGACGGCGGCAGCACCACCAGACUGCUCGUGCAACCCUCUUGCAUCCAGGGCAAAAUGAGGGACUACCAGCUGGCGGGACUCAAUUGGAUGAUCCGGCUCUAUGAGAAUGGCAUUAAUGGGAUUCUGGCUGACGAAAUGGGCCUGGGCAAGACUCUGCAGAGCAUAUCGCUGCUGGGGUACCUGCACGAGUUCAAGGGCAUAUCAGGGCCGCACAUGGUGGUGGCACCCAAGUCCACGCUGGGCAACUGGAUCAAGGAGCUCAAUCGUUUCUGCCCCGUGUUACGCGCCUUCAAGUUCCACGGCAACCAGGAGGAGCGCGCCCACCAGCGCACGCACAUGCUGCAGCCGGGGAAGUUUGACGUGGUGGUGACGAGCUACGAGAUGGUGAUUAAAGAGAAAUCGGCGUUCCGGCGGCUGUCGUGGCGGUACAUCAUCAUUGAUGAGGCACACCGCAUCAAGAACGAGAACUCCAUUCUCUCCAAGACCAUGCGCCUCUUCUCCUCCAACUACCGUCUGCUCAUCACCGGCACUCCGCUUCAGAACAACCUGCACGAGCUGUGGGCGCUGCUGAACUUUCUUCUGCCGGAAAUCUUCAGCUCAGCAGAGGCGUUUGACGAGUGGUUCCAGCUGUCAGACGGGGAGGACCAGCAGGAGGUGGUGCAGCAGCUGCACAAGGUGCUCAGGCCGUUCCUGCUCAGACGGCUCAAAUCUGACGUGGAAAGAGGGCUCCCUCCCAAGAAGGAAACGAUUUUGAAGGUGGGCAUGAGCGAGGUGCAGCGCAACUACUACCGGGCGCUGCUGCAGAAGGACAUAGACGUGCUCAACAGUGGAGGGGAGAGGUCUCGCCUGCUCAACAUUGCCAUGCAGCUGCGCAAGUGCUGCAACCACCCCUACCUCUUCCAGGGCGCCGAGCCCGGCCCGCCGUUUAUCACGGACGAGCAUCUGAUAGAAGCUUCCGGGAAGAUGGUGCUGCUGGACCGGCUGCUGCCAAAGCUGAAGGCGCGGGACUCACGAGUGCUCAUCUUCUCCCAGAUGACUCGCCUGCUGGACAUUCUCGAGGACUACUGCAUGUUCCGCGGGCACCAGUACUGCCGGAUUGAUGGAAAUACCGGAGGGGACGAGAGGGAGGCGGCGAUUGAGGAGUUCAAUAAAGAAGGGAGCGAGACGUUUAUCUUCCUGCUGUCUACCCGGGCUGGCGGGCUGGGAAUUAACCUCGCGACGGCUGACAUUGUCAUUAUCUACGACUCUGACUGGAAUCCCCAGGCAGACCUGCAGGCCAUGGACCGAGCACAUCGUAUUGGGCAGAAGAAAGAAGUGCAGGUCUUCCGAUUCUGCACUGAGCACACAAUAGAGGAGAAGGUGAUUGAGCGAGCAUACAAGAAGCUGGCUCUGGACGCACUCAUCAUCCAGCAGGGCAGGCUCGCAGAGCAGCGAGCUGUGAACAAGGACGAGCUUCUGCAGAUGGUGCGGUUUGGAGCAGAAAAAGUUUUUACUUCUGCCAACACGACCAUCACUGACGCUGACGUGGACAGGAUCAUCGCCAAGGGGGAGGAGGCGACCGCUGAGCUGGACGCCAAGAUGAGAAAGUUCACGGAAGAUGCGAUAAAGUUCAAGAUGGACGACACGGCGCUGUACAGCCUGGGCGAGGGGGAGAAGGAGGAGGAGAGGCCUGACCUCAAGAAGCUGGUCACUGAGAACUGGGUCGAGCCGUCAAGGAGAGAGCGCAAGAAGAACUAUUCAGAAGCGGAGUAUUACCGCCAGGCCAUGCGCAUGGGCCCUCCCUCUCAGCCCAAGUCCAAGGAGGCUCGCCUGCCGAAGAUGCCCGUGCUGCACGACUUCCAGUUCUUCAACACGGCUCGUCUCUCAGAGCUCUUUGACAAGGAGGCCAAGGCCAAGCUGGUCAAGCUCUUCGACAAGAAGGCCAAGGCCAAGCUGCAAGCGCUGGAGCGGCAGGCAGCAAGGAAGGAGGCAAAGGAAGGGGGCGAACCGUUUGAGGAGGAUGACGAGCAGCCAAUUCUGAUGCUAACGGACGAGGAGCAAGAGGAGAAACUCACCCUUCUCAAUCAGGGCUUUAAGUCGUGGACACGCAAGGAUUUCAACCAGUUUCUGCGGCUGUGUGAGAAGUACGGGCGGGCGGACGUGGCGAGCAUUGCAGCCGAGAUGGAGGGGAAGACGGAGGCUGAGGUUCGGGAGUAUGCUGCGGUGUUCUGGGAGCGAUGCACCGAGCUGAACGACGUGGAGGGGAAGACGGAGGCUGAGGUUCGGGAGUAUGCUGCAGUGUUCUGGGAGCGAUGCACCGAGAUGAAUGACGUGGAGGGGAAGACGGAGGCUGAGGUUCGGGAGUAUGCUGCGGUGUUCUGGGAGCGAUGCACCGAGCUGAACGACGUGGAGGGGAAGACGGAGGCUGAGGUUCGGGAGUAUGCUGCAGUGUUCUGGGAGCGAUGCACCGAGAUGAAUGACGUGGAGGGGAAGACGGAGGCUGAGGUUCGGGAGUAUGCUGCGGUGUUCUGGGAGCGAUGCACCGAGCUGAACGACGUGGAGGGGAAGACGGAGGCUGAGGUUCGGGAGUAUGCUGCAGUGUUCUGGGAGCGAUGCACCGAGAUGAAUGACGUGGAGGGGAAGACGGAGGCUGAGGUUCGGGAGUAUGCUGCGGUGUUCUGGGAGCGAUGCACCGAGAUGAAUGACGUGGAGGGAAAGACAGAGGCCGAGGUUCGGGAGUCUGCUGCAGUGUUCUGGGAGCGAUGCACCGAACUGAAUGAUUGGGACAAGAUUCUACGCAACAUAGAGAAGGGCGAGGCGCGCAUCGUGCGGCGGGAGGAGAUCAUGCAGUCAGUGCGACGCAAGAUGGAGCGGUACAGCAACCCCUGGGUGGAGCUGCCACAGACUAUGGGACAAGAUUCUACACACCAUAGAGAAGGGGGAAGCUGCCAUUGGGACAAGAUUCUGCGCAACAUAGAGAAGGGCGAGGCGCGCAUCGUGCGGCGGGAGGAGAUCAUGCAGUCGGUGCGGCGCAAGAUGGAGCGGUACAGCAACCCCUGGGUGGAGCUGCGGAUCCAGUACGGCACCAACAAGGGCAAAUACUACACCGAGGAGAGCGACCGCUUCAUGAUCUGCAUGAUCCAACGGCUGGGAUACGGCAACUGGGAUGAGCUCCGGGCGGCGGUGCGCCAAUCCCACCUGUUCAAAUUCGAUUGGUUCCUGAAAUCAAGGCAGCCGCCUGAGCUGGCGCGGCGGUGCGACACGCUCAUCCGGUUGGUGGAGAAGGAGAAUCAGGAGCUGGAGGAGAAGGAGCGGCAGGCAAAGCGGGACAAGAAGAACAGCGCCAAGGUAAGGUGGCGGUUCUCUGUAAAAUUGCUUUCACGUCAGGCGUCUCGAAGGGGUACAAGCUGA